AGAGGCGGAGUUUGCCUGACUCCUCUGGGCAUCGUUGACUGCAGCGAGUCUCUUCUGCAAACUAUCUGGAGGUGCAAGUCUUCUAACCCGACUUCUCAUCUCUGUGGUCUGGGCUGUGUCCCUCUACUGCAGCCAUGGCACCCAAAAAAAACAAGACUGCCAAAAAGAACAAAGGGGAUAUCAAUGAAAUAACUAUAACGGUUGAGGAUGGCCCCAUCAAUAACAUAAACGGGUUGAACACCUUGCUGGAAGGAGGAAAUGGGUUCAGCUGCAUCUCAACCGAAGUCUCUGAUCCUGUGUACGCUCCUAACCUCUUGGAGGGCCUGAGCACCAUGAGGCAGUCUGCUUUCCUCUGUGACCUGACCGUCUCCACCAAGUCAAAGUCCUUUGACGUCCACAAGGUUGUGAUGGCUUCCUGUAGUGCCUACAUUCAGAAUAUCCUGAAGAAGGACUCCACCCUCACUAAGAUCGACCUGAACGAGAUUUCACCCACAGGCCUGGCCACCGCCAUCACAUAUGCCUACUCUGGGAAACUAACCCUGUCAUUAUACAGUAUUGGCAGCACCAUCGCAGCCGCCUUGCUGCUGCAGAUCCACACCCUGGUGAAGAUGUGCAGUGACUUUCUCAUGCAGGAGCUCAGCGUGGAGAACUGCAUGUAUGUUGCCAACAUUGCAGAUACCUACGACCUCAAAGAAACUAAGGAGGCCACGCAGAAGUUCAUGAGGGAGAACUUCAUUGAGUUCUCUGAGAUGGAGCAGUUCCUGAAGCUCACCUACGAGCAGAUCAACGACUUCCUCAGCGAUGAUUCCCUGCAGUUGCCCUCCGAGAUCACAGCCUUCCAGAUAGCCAUGAAGUGGUUGGACUUCGAUGAGAAGCGGCUGAAAUACGCCCCAGAUCUUUUGACCAACAUCCGCUUUGGCACCAUCUCGGCCAUGGACCUGGUCAACCAUGUCCAGAGUGUGCCCAGAAUGAUGCAGGAUCCUGAGUGCCAUCGUCUCCUGGUGGACGCCAUGAAUUACCACCUGUUGCCCUACCAGCAGAACAUCCUGCAGUCCCGCAGAACAAAGGUGCGUGGUGGCCUUCGGGUCAUGCUGACGGUGGGUGGACGACCGGCGCUGACGGAAAAGUCUCUCAGCAAAGAGGUUCUCUACAGGGACGAAGACGGUGUGUGGAACAGGCUGACGGAGAUGCCGGCCAAGAGCUUCAAUCAGUGUGUGGCCGUCUUGGAUGGCUUCCUAUAUGUUGCGGGUGGCGAGGACCAGAAUGAUGCCAGGAACCAGGCUAAACAUGCUGUCAGCAACUUCUGCAGGUACGAUCCUCGAUUCAACAACUGGAUUCAUUUGACCAACAUGAUGCAGAAACGCACCCACUUCAGUCUCAACACCUACAACGGCCUCUUGUUCGCCAUUGGCGGCCGUAACGCUGACGGAUGCCAGGCUUCGAUGGAGUGCUACGUGCCCUCCUCCAACCAGUGGCAGAUGAAAGCCCCUAUGGAGAUACCCAGGUGCUGCCACGCCAGCUCCGUCAUUGACGGCAAGAUCCUUGUUAGCGGUGGUUACAUCAACAACGCGUACUCCCGGGCGGUCUGCUGCUACGACCCCUCCACUGAUAUGUGGCAGGACAAGAACGGUUUGUUCUCCCCGAGAGGCUGGCACUCCGCGGCCACGGUCGGAGACCGGGCCUACGUGAUCGGCGGCAGCCAAUUGGGUGGCCGCGGAGAGAGGGUGGAUGUCUUGGCCGUUGAGUGUUUCAACCCUCACAAUGGGCAGUGGAGCUACUCUGCCCCACUAAACACAGGAGUGAGCACUGCUGGCAUUGUCAGUAUGAAUAACAAGAUCUAUGUCCUUGGAGGCUGGAACGAGAUUGAGAAAAAGUACAAGAAAUGCAUUCAGGUAUAUAACCCUGACCUGAAUGAAUGGACUGAGGAUGAUGAGCUGCCAGAGGCUACAGUUGGCAUCUCUUGUUGUGUUGUUACCAUACCAACGCGCAAAACACGAGAGUCCAGGUCUAGCUCAGUUUCAUCUGCGCCAGUCAGCUUGUAAAGCCAGGCCGGUCAUUUGAUGAUGUAAUUUGCCUGCUACUUAAAGCAAAACCCCAAAUCUUGCCAGUCCAUUUCAGAAGAUUGGCAGUAAUCCCUCCUUGAGGUCAGAAAAAAUGAAUUGUGUUUGCGUUUAGUGUCACAUGUACAUUGAAUUUGGAUAUUUGAAUUGUUUUAAUGUGUUUGAUUAAGUCCUUAAUUUCGUCUUCAUUUAAUCAAAGCAAAGAAAAACAUAAAAGUUAUUUGUGACAUGAAUUCAGGAACUUGUGUUGUGAGACAAAUUAAAAUAUUUUAAUACUAUGAAGGGAACAUUUCUUUCCUUUUGGGGCCAAUUCAGCCAUAAUAUUUUCAACAGAGUGGCUGCAGAACAGGCUUUUCUCUGUACUUUAUUCUCUAGAACGAAACGCAAGUUUAUUGUUCUACCUACCCUCACUGUUCUUACAUACCUGCAUUACUUUUUUUUUUUUACUUUUGGAAUCAACACUGGGUUUUUUAUUUCUGGUUACCUAUAUCAAAAAAGUGAAAUGCGAAUAAAGAGAGAACUUGGACUGGCAAGGUUCAGCCAGUAAUACACAAGAAAGCCAGAAAUCCUUUAAGUACAACUCCAAAGAAUAGUGGGAUUUGCACCCACAGACAUAUUUUAAUCAACCCUAUUUUCAAACUGUUAUUCCCAAUAUAAUAAUUUGUUAAAAAAAUAAAUAAUGUUUUAAUAGUAACUGCAUUAGUUGUACAUUAAACAUAAACAUGCCCUGUUGAACGUUUGUUACAACGUUUCUAUCAUAAUCUUCGGGGUGCCAUGAAUCUUAUUACACUGUAAAUGAACAAAGACUGGACAUAUGAUAAAGAAAAAGUAUAUUUAAUUCUUAAUAUAGGUCUACAACUGGUAAUAUUCAAAAACUUGAAAAGAAAAUGCCUGCGCUGAAAUAGGAUGUACGUGUAGAAAAUAUAGGAAUUAAGAGGCAUUCUCUGUUGUUGGAAUAAUAAAUAGUGAAGUAAUUAUAUUAUAUUAUACCCCAACAAGAUCUCACAGUCUCAGAAUUCAAUGUUUGUCCAUGGAGAGAUGACUAUUCCAGGUAUUUUCUGUAAAAGAUGGAGGGUGUGUAGUCAAAAAAGGUUGGAGUGAUUGAAAGAACAUUUGAAUAAAAGGAGAUGAACUAAGUAAAGGGAUGGAGAUUAACUAUAAUAAUCUCUUUUUGCAAGUUUUUACUGAACUGUGCCUUUAAAAACAAACUUCUGAGUCAGACUGCUUCAUCAAUCAUUGACCAUCCCCGUUAGUAUAUUUGAUCCUCAUAGUGCUCACCAUUGCUUAGGUUUUAAGUGAUAUGUAGACAUUUUACCCCAUGAAUAAAUGUCUGAUAUAGACAUCCAUCUAGUGUUAGGUGUCUUUUUACCUACCAGGAGUAGGAGUUGUUGGUUAGAACUGUUUCUUUUUCAGAAGAAUGUACUGUACAUGUUACUGUUUGGAGAAUAGUAUUACUGUUAGUAAUAAUGUACUGUACUAAGCUACAAUAGUAACAAUGUACUGUACUGAGCUACAAUAGUAAUAAUGUACUGUACUAAGCUAUUUGGAGAAUGUUUUAAUGAUUUUAAAUAGUGUCAUGAAUGAAUAUGACUUUGGUAAUGUUUGUUUAGUAAAAAGAGUGAAUACUGGAAAAUAAAGCUAUUAGCCUGAGCUGUUAUGGGUGUUGGCACUGCAGUUUUACCUGGUGAUUUCCUUGGCAGCUCAUGAUGUUUUGUUUAUAUGAUUACAUCUUAUGAUUUGUCUUAUCCUAAUACAGCAUCUUCAAAGCUACUAUUUAAAACAUGAAUCAAAAAUGUUGUCUUCCUGUUAUUGAUUUAAUGCUGCAUUUUACCCAUCAUAUAUACCUUGGCAUUAGGAUGUAUAUUUCUGUGGCAAACAGAAGCGAUUUGCCAUGCAAUUUCAUUUGGCAGGGGUACAGUACAUAAAAAAUGCACUCCAUUUCAAUCAAUAUAUCAACUUCACGUGUAACUGAUUUCAUUUGUGCUGCACAAUUGCACCAAGAAAAUUGACUAAUUAAAUGACUGAGCUAAAUCAAGCACACUUCAAACACUUUCUGUGUUUAGGAGUGUAAUAUGAAUUUAACCUGUGUGAACAUACUGAACAAGUUGGAGCUUAAUUUAUCUUAAUGUGCAGGCAGUACAUUGGCAAUGAGAUUCCUGCACAUGGAUUAAAAAAAAGUAAUCACCUGAGAAUU